GGAUAUUCCGUGCCCGCCAGCGCACCUGCGUCCAUUGUUCCGCGAAAUUGGCGUAUGCAUGUUUCCUGACUGUCCUCGCUACAGCUUGCCGCCAGACACGCUCAAGGCAGUGGAGAGGGCGCCAGAGAGUGGACAAGUCCAGACAGCAAGCAAGCAGAAGGCAGCCCCCGGCCUGUAUCGUGGAGAUGCACAGAUGGCCGCCAAACACCCCGCCGAACACGGGAAGGAGGUCAAGAAGAUAACCGGCUCCCAAAGCGGCGCCGGCAUGACACAGAUCCAGCCAAUCUCACAAUGGCCGGGCUUCGCACGCGAACGUGUCGAUUGGCACGGUGGCCGUGACCUCGAGCACGACAGACCAGUUGGAUGGCAGCCGGAUUCCUUUGCAGAUCUCAAGUUUUCUCCUCCACAGCCGAACACUGUGCCUCGCAACAAGACUCAAAUGCUUCCGGACUUUCCUGGUCCCUUCGUUCUGGAGCAGUCUAACAUAGGCAACUCUCAGGCUGACACCUUCACCGACUUCGCUCCUGGAGAGAACGUGGCAUCGUCACGUCAACCACAUCUACGCAAGCUGCCAUCUGUUCCAGCCAAGAAUGCUUUCUGCACCGGUGAAGAUGCUAGCUGGAGCUCUGGGAACUCCAGCAAUCAGUCUGAGGUCGAGUUCACUCCUGAAUCCACACCUGAGCAAGAAGACUUCCAUGCCAUUAGCGCUCCGGCUGAGCCUUUGGAAGUCCAGAAUCAGGCCAAUUCCGCUCACCACAACUUGAGCUACGAUCCGGACAAGCCUGUCUAUAAGUUCGUCCCAUUUCGCAACGUUCCUCGAAUCAUCGAUGAGGGGACCAGCGAAGACUAUCAGCGCUGGCUCGAAGUUUCGAAUCGCCUUGGCUGGUCAGGCUCCGCUCGCCAUGAUACCUCCACCAUUGAGGGCAAGCAUCGUCCCGGAUCCAGACCGGUGCGCAAUGAUGACAAGACCAAUAGCAGCGGCAGCGGCCCAGUGAGGCGUGACGCCAUGACUUUUGCGACAGGAGAUCUAAGGAAGAAGAUCGAGAAGGUAGCAAGAUAUGUUGCUCGCUCGGGACCAAAGUUUGAGGAAGUGGUGCGCAGCAAGAAUCAAGGCACAGACAUUGUUUCCUUCCUCGAACCGACCAACACCUAUCAUACGUACUACAAGUGGCGCGUCGCGCAGUGCAAGGCUGGCAACACCUACGAUUUCGAGAGCGAAGAGACCGCUGCAGAGACUGAUCCUUGGACCGAGCACAUCAAUAGUGACGGACGCCAACACUGGUACAAUAAGGUGUCACACGAUUUCGUAUGGGAAAAACCUUUGGCCCUGGUCGCCCGAUUCCAGCCACGAAAGGAAAUCGGUCAGGGUAUUGAGAAGCGAGAGCUCGACUUCUUGGGCGACUGCGUCAAGUUCCUCCCAUUUGACGUUCGCUCCAAAGCCAUUGCCGUGGUGGACAAGUUGCAGAACAUCGCCUAUGGCGCUUUGUCUGAUGAGCUCCCGGCCGAAAAGGAAGAUGAUGCUACCCAGAAAUUGCAGAAGGUUGAGGCCGCUUUGAAGUUGAUUGAGAGCAAGCACGCGGACACUGAAUCAGCACUUCUCAAGCGCAUUGAAGAGCUGGAUAACAAGCAGACCCCUCAAAUGCCGGAGGCUACCGCUACUAAGCUUAACACGCUCUACGAUAAGCUUGGCCACAUUGUUGAUCAGGGAGUGCAGCAAUUGGGAUCCGAUCGGAAGUCCGACAAAGAUCAGGAGACUAUCGUUUCCAAGCUGCAGCAACGCAUUGAGAAUCUAGAGAACAAGCAGGCUUCUCAAAUGUCCGACGAUACCGCCGACCGCCUGGGGACAUUCAAGCUUGAGGUCCUGGAAACUCAUUCAGUGCUUCUCAAGAAUAUCCAAGGUGUUGAUCGUGACAUGCACUCGCGAACAUCUGAGCUCGCUGCUACUCAAGGCCGCAUUUGCGAAGAGGUCGGAGACGUCGUCAAUGAGCGAAUGAAGGAGUUCCGUGACGAGAGGACGCUAAUCGAUGAUGGGCAUAAGGAGAUUGUGUCUGCACUCCUUAAGCGCAUUGAAGAUCUGGAGGAGAAGCAGAGCUCCGAAAUUCCUGAGCCGAUAACAUCUCGUCUGCAUGAGUUCUCUAACAAGCUGGAGCAUGUCGAUGGGCGACUCACCAAGUUCGAAUCGGUUCAGGAGGCCAUUGAUACCAAGAACAGCGACACCUUGACAGAGCUUUGGCAGCGUAUGGUGGAGCAUGGCAAAGAGUUCCAGUCCGAACGCGAGUCGUUCGUUAAGCACCUGGAGACUACGGAAGCCUUUCAGAAGCGUAUCGAGAACGUCGAAACGAAACAAAGCUCUCAUGAUCUCGAUGCUGUUGGUGCUCAAUUGCAGGAUGUGAUUUCGUCCCGGGAUGCCGUUCGCGCUCAGAUCGCGAAGCUCGAAGCUCAGCAGAAAGAGCAAUUCGCCGAAAUGAACAAGGAAACUGCAAAGCUCCGCCUGGAAGCCAUGGGGUUCCAUCUGGAUACUACAAAGGCUCUUCAAGCAGCUGAGAAGGUCAAGUUGCAGGACGACAAAGUCCGCUUGCAAACUGACAAGGCACGCCUAGAGGCUGACACGACUCGCUUCGAAGCUGAGAAGAAUGGGCAAAACGCAGGCAUCAAGACAGGUCCAGAGGCACCGAGACCUCCGCCAGAAUUAGCGGGUACCGUUCGAGGUCGGGACCUUCGCGCUCAGCCGCGUGGUAAUCCCAAUCGCCCAACGUACGCUCGCAGCGCGCCUACCAUUCCACCCUUGCCGCUCACUGCGAUCGACAUCCCCGAGCCACCGUCUAUACCGCCCGACUUGCUGUGCUUGAACAAGGUGCCAACUCCAGCAACUGGCAUCAAGCCGGCCGCUGGUGGUGGGUGGUGA